AUGUCCUUUGAUGCUAAGUACGAGCAACAGUCUGUAUGCAAAGAUAUGCGUGCCGACGACGUCCGAGUCGCGUGCGCGUUACAGCUUGUGCGUGGUGGAGGAAGGAGAGUGGCGAAAACAAACAAAGAUAUAAUGUGCUGCAAGUACACAGAAGACGUAAAAGAUGUAGCAGCCGGCUUCACAGACGGCACUAUACGCUUGUUUGACUGCACUAGUGGUACAAAUACCCACACGCUCGUUGACGAAGAAUGCAAGUCAUAUCCUGGUCCAGUGACUGCUAUCAAACAUAGACCAGUCAGCAAAGCGCAUCCUAUCACUAAUAUGCUUCUGUCAUGUUCUACAAGCAAGGGUCGUCGGUCGCCAUUAUCGACUGCUUGCGGCGUUUCCGGCUUAAAGUCGCAUGGCCGAAUACUAUGCACUAGAAGCUGGGCGACCGAAAAUGUAUAUAUAAUAUACAUUUUCGGGCGCCCAGCUCCUCGUGCAUCAGCAGCUGAUUCAGCUUUUUCUCGUUUGAAGCCCCGCUCGGACCGCCCGUGGACAUACCCUCAACACGGCCAUUAUCGUGUGCGUCUUGGAAUUCCUUUUCCAUUUUGUUCAAAAUACGGGGUCCCCAGCUUGGUUAAUCCAAGUGAUAAAAGCUUGUCCGGCCAGGAGGCGGCGAGAAAUAAGUCCAACACUCCAAUUCACAGAAUAACAGUUUAUUGUACAAGCACACACAAGGAAAGUACAGAAGGAGUAAGCACAGAUAGUCUCAAGCACAAGGAAGAGAGUUCGGAAGAGAUAGUAAAAGCUCCAAGAAAAAAUAUCGUGGACGGUCAUACCUCAAGAAUUUUUGCAUGUGCAUUUAAUCCAAAAUCACACCAUGAAUUGAUAUCUGGUGGAUGGGAUAACAAUGUUAUCUGCUGGGAUGAUAGGCAGCCCUAUGCAACUAGACACAUUUUUGGUGUUCAUAUCUGCGGAGAAGGUCUAGAUUUUGAUAAACCUGGCAAACAGAUUCUCACAUGCGCAUGGCAAGACAAAAAGAGCAUUCAACUAUGGGAUUACGGUUCGUGUAAAUUAAUUGAGACAAUAGAACCUGAUAACCACCAGUCUAAGCUAUAUUGCGGAAAGUUUGUACCGAGAACCAAUCUUAUAGUUUGCGGCGGAUCAGAUGCCAAUACGUUCAGGGUAGUAGAUAUAAACUUAAAGAUUACGGAGUGUUCAAUAAGAAAUAAUCCAGGUGGGAUUUACGCAUUCGACUUUGGCACAAUCAGACGCAAGCCUAGAAAAGUGCCCGAAACUUACAAGAGGAUCAGUGAAAUUGAUUCUAUACCAAGAGUGGUUUUUGUGACUGGAAAAAGACUGCAAACUAUCGACUUUGGAUAA